AUGGACGGCAUGCGAAAGGAUGUUGGCAAAGGAUCCACCCUCCCAGGUUCUCUGUGGCAAGAUUGCCAGCUGGAAGCGAUGCGAUCGCUGCAUCACCCGUGGACUCUGGGACUGGCCACCGGAAAAACAAGUCUCGCCAGCUUCAAAAACUACGUCGCUCAGGAUGCCUACUUUUUGAGAGCGUUCGCGAAAGCCUACGCCUACGCCCUGGCCAAGGCGGAGGACGAGGAAGAUAUCCGUGCCUUUCACUCGCUGAUCGGGUCUGUGUUGGAGGAGCUUGGUCUUCACGCUUCCUACUCGGCGAAGUGGGGAAUUGACGUGGCGAACGAGCUUCGGCAUGCCUUUCCGAAUUGGACAGAGAGCGCCUACGCCGAAUGGAUUGAGACCUAUAGCUCUGAAGACUUUGAGGAUGCUGCUGGCCUAGUGGAGUCACUUCUGGAUAAAAACUCGGCUGGGGCUGACUAUCCUUCCCUCUUUGCUCUCUACCGCAAGGCCAUGGAAUUGGAGUUUGCAUUCUUCGAUGCGCAACUCGACGGGGGCACCGAAGCUGCCAUGCUUGAGCAGUCGGUAGGCGCAGAAGCAGGUGGUCGACAAGGCAUGAGUGCCCAACCCGGAGGGCAAGACGCUGGGGGUCGCGGGCGUUUCCGCGGCGUGCACGAGAGGCUUGCACUGCUUUGUGUGGACUUCGAUGACACGUUGACCGAAGGCGACACCAUUAGCCUUCUCGUGGAGACAGCCAAAGCUCAGCGGGAAACUCCAGAAGAUCGGGUGGAUCUAGGACGCGAGUGGGGGCUUUUGACAAGAACAUUUUUGGGCAAGUGGAGCGAGACAAUUGAGGACAGCUUGUCCACCAAGCUCUCCACCACAUGCACCACGAACGGUUCUGGAGCUGUCGACCGUGAAGGUUUGGAGUUGAUGCUGCGGAAGCUGGGGGUGGUGGACCUUGACUCGGUGUCUAGGGUUUCCGACAGCAAGGACGUCAUUUCGAGAGUUCUUUCGGAGACACUGUUGGAUAGUCACAGCUCUUCGUCCUCAACGACAGGGAUCGAUGCCGGGGGUUGUGUUUGGGCAGGCGAAACGGCCUCGCCCCGUCUCGAAGGAGACUGCCCUGCAUCCGUCUCAUCCAACGACCUCGUAUUCGACGAGCACGGGGUGUCAACAGGCGAGAUUUUGGUGAAGAUACCAGGAUCGUUCGGCAAGCAUCAGCGUUUCCUAGACCUAGCGGCGACGGCCCGAGAAUCUGUCGCCAGCUCGGAGUCUUCGCCAAGACUCAUGACGGUCUAUGUGGGGGACAGCGUCACGGACUUACUGGCGAUGCUGGAUGCCGAUGUCGGGAUUGUGGUCGGCAACAGUGGCAGCUUUGAGAAAGUAGCCCGCGCUUUCGGAAUUGACAUCCGUCCCCUCGCGUCCGUAUACGAGGCGAUGGAUGGCACAGGGGAGUUGCCGAGAACGGGGGCGCCGUCAGGCUCUGGACAGUGCGUCUACCGUGCUUCCCAGUGGGCAGAGAUUGACGUGUUUUUGUUCGGUGGCGAAUGAACGCCCCUCUUGAAUGAUGACCUUUUCCUCUUGAAUCGGCUGGCCACUCCGUCAACCUUUGGCUUCAAAUGUUCGUCAUGCCACUUCUUCACUGUCACUCCCAGUUUCUACGCAUACCGCACGGUCUUGUCUCGAAAAGAAGAGCUCCGAUCUGGGGUUUAUACUGGAGUCCUCUACGGCGGUGCAUGCCUUGAAGGGCACAGUAGUCACCGUAAGAAGCCGUCACAUACAAAAGAGCUUGGCCGUCCAAUUACGAUACCGCGACAUUUUGUCCUACACAAAAAUUGUCCCCCAAGGUCUUGCCCGAAAGAUUUUCUCCCCAACAAGAUUUCCCCGGAAAAAAUUUAGCCACAUUUUUCGCAAUCGCAACAUGAACUGACAUCCCUUAAGGCCUUCACAACACAAUGCCGGAUGAACCAUGUUCGCAUAGAAAUCGUUUCCUGCACGAAAGCACCAACUCACAAGCAAAGGAGUGCUUGGUCACAGCCCACUAUCACGGAUUCAGGUUUGACGUAUAUAGGCGGCUACGGUUCAAAGGAGAAAUGU